AUGGAAUUCAGUAGGUCAAGGAAAGGUAUAUUAAUCAACCAAAGGAAAUAUGCCUUGGAAAUAAUAUCUGACUUGGGGCUAACAGGAGCUAAACCAGCUUGGACUCCAUUGGAGGCAAAUGUAAAGCUGACAAUAUCAGAACUUGACAAAUUAACAGGGGUUGAAGAUGAUAUGCUGAUGGAUGACAUAGGGCAAUACCAAAGACUCAUUGGUAAGCUGCUAUACUUGACACUCACCAGACCUGAUAUAGCCUUUUCAGUGCAGACACUUAGCCAAUUUCCGCCGAGUCCCAAGAAGUCUCAUUGGGAAGAAGCCUUAAGAGUAGUAAGGUAUGUCAAAAGAGAACCAGGCAUGGGUAUUCUAUUGAGCAGCAACAGCAGUAACACAUUGAGUGUGUACUGUGAUGCAGAUUGGAAGCAAAAUACAGUUUCUAAGAGUUCAGCUAAAGCUGAAUACAGAAGCAUGGCUAGUGCAGUCUCAGAGGUAGUUUGGUUGGCAGCACUUCUGAAGGAGCUUGGGGCUAAUGUGGAACUACCAAUCGAGAUAUACAGUGAUAGUAAAGCAGCACUGCAGAUUGCAGCUAACCCUGUAUUCCAUGAAAGAACAAAGCAUAUAGAAAUAGACUGCCAUUUCAUCUGA